CGUCUGUCCGAAGAUCCGUUCGGCGUAACAUACUGUACGGUACAAUCUACCGUACGUUCGCCACGGUAGGUAUUAGCGAACAAAUCAACACGGCAGGGAAUCGAAAUAACACGACACGAAACCAUCACCAUCAUCGAUCCAUCUCUAGAAAAUCAUGAGGGUUUGUUCGUUCCACUGGGAUUGGUAAUUGGAUUUGCGGUAGCCUACGAACAACGCAUCAAACACACCUCACACAAACUCGACGAUGUAUCUGGUGGCCAAGCAACCUCCGAUGAUCGGUUCGACGAGAUUCCGCCACCGAUUUGGCUCCAUUCUGUUCGUUCUGCUGCCGAUGCAUUUGUCGGAUACCCUGCUGCAAUCGACAGAAGCUUUGACACUGCCAAUAUCUUCCCGUCGGCCUUGCACGACGCUGCCUAUCCCAGGAGGAAGCUCGUCUUUUUUUCGACAUAGUACCCACAAGCAUGACUCGGUUCUAUGUUAUUCGACGAGGGAGCCCAAGCCGGAUACAACAAAUGAUAGUGGCGAAUCCUCCCUGGCCGAGAGCAUCAGUCGGAGCUAUGCGGAAAAAGAAACCGACGGCGUUGUUGAGCUAGCAACGACAUCGUCCCUCCUUACCGAUCUUUCUGUGGACAUCGAGGACGAUCUGAUUCCGGCGAUUCUAGAAGCCAGCGGGGGACGAAAGGGGAUCGUUGCCAGCAUAAUGAACGCCAUGAUUGGAUCGGGCUGCCAUUUCAUCGACGAAACAAAAACGAAAGCCGGAACCACACCUGGUUUGGUGUCAGACCGAGUCCUGUCGCUCAUGGAGGGACUCUUCGAUGCCGCCGAUGUCACUCCCGACAUUGUCACCUACUCGUUGGCUUACGAGGCACUGUCGAAGGACGAUCCGGACGAUACCGAUGGCCUUGCCGAUUCGAUCCUCGAAACCGCGGAGCGGAGCAGCAAAAAAAUUGCGGGGGGAAAACGCCGAAAACUGCUGGCCUCGUCCCGAAGAAAAGUGACCUCCAGCUUUUCCGAUGCCGAAGACGACCUGCGGGAACUUCUUGGGGCUGACUUCGAAGUCCUGCUUGAGACGGACGGUUUUGCUGUCGUAAACAAGCCCAGCGGCGUCCCGUGCUUUCACGCAAGGACCACCACCGCCGGGAAGAUCAAGCGGGGAAAGGGCAAGAAGAAGAAAGGAAAGAAGGGCCAGCAGCAAAACGAAAACAAAGCUAACGAUCGGCUGCCCUCGGACGUGAGCCUGGAAGACGCGUUGGUGAGCUGCAACGUUCCGCUCUCCACGCUCAAUCCCGAGGCAUUGGGUCUGGUGCACAGGCUCGAUCGGGGCUCUUCCGGCUGUCUGAUACUAGCCAAGACCAACGAGCUGCACGCGAGGCUAGUAUCAGAGUUCUUUCUGCGGCGGACAACGAAGCAGUACGUGGCCCUGGUUCGUGAGACACAGGCGUCGUCCAUCUCCAAAAAAGGCUCGAUCGAUCACGCCGUAGGUGGAAGAUCGGCCCGGUCCGACUACCAACUGCUGGAACGAUACCGGUCCGAUGGCGAUGAUGCUGCGAUGGUCGGGUUUGAAAUUUUUACCGGCCGAAAGCACCAGAUCCGGGUGCACGCGGCCGAGGUUCUGGGGAGUCCCGUCUGGGGGGAUCCGCUCUACGGUGCUGGUGACGGCGGUCCGAACACAAAACCACCACAACAAGAACGCAUCUUUCUGCAUGCCAGCCGACUAAAAAUUCCUGUGCUCGGUGUCGACGUUGAGUCACCAGUUCCGUCGUGGUGGGAGUCCACGCUUUCGACGUUUGGGGAAAAGAAUGAAACGAAAGACUAAAGUAUUGUUAUAGUUACUCUAGUAGUGUAGCUAUCCCAAGUUUCAAAACCUUUAUGAAUCGAAUCAAAAGUGACAAGUACA